AUGGAUGUUCAUUGUGACAUGAAUCAAGAAGUCGAUUCCAAUUAUCCAAAUUCGUACUCUAAAGAAGUUGAGGACGCGCUUUCCCGGCUUAAUUUAAAAUCAGACACUUUAGACGAUCCUGAUUUUAAUGUUAUUUCUUAUAUUAAUGAGAGAUUUCCCAGCGAACAGUCACUGGCAAAUAUAGAUGAGUUGAUAGCUGAAGCGGAAGGAAAAAUUCGCGAACUAGACGAUGAAACUAGAGACCUACUACGUGGUCGCUGGCAAACAGAGGACAAAGGACAAGAAAUUGUUCAGGAUGCAAAGAAUAUGAUAAAAGUACUAUUCUCUAGAAUACAGGAUGUUCAAGAUCGAGCUACUAGAUCAGAAGAAAUGGUACAAGACAUCACUCGGGAUAUACAGCAGCUUGAUCAAGCUAAGCGUAACCUAACUGUUUCCAUAACUGCCCUCAAUAAUUUAAUUCUUAUCGUGAACACCAUUGAUCGUCUGAACGAAUUACUUGGAAUACAAAGUUCAGUGAAUGAUCCAAUGUUUUUUGCGAAGAGCAAUCACACAAAUGCCAGUGCCCAGAAUCCAUUUUUAGAAGUUGACUCUGAAUCCUGGAUGAAUGAAAACCAUCCACCUGAAAAAACAAAGUCUCAAAGAUUUGUACCGUCCUUUUUGGCCGAAAUAUCAAAUUUAUUAGCUCAAGUUCAACGCUUAUUACAACCUAUGCUGUCAGCCUAUGGUUCAGUGUCAUCUGUGGCCGGAUUAUCUCGAGAAUUGGAUUCCAUUCAUUCAGUCCUUGCAGAUCGUUUGACUAAGGAACUCAAACUGUUACUAGCAGCUACUCGAACAGUUACAGAUAACAAGGAACUGAUUUUAUCAGCCUGUGAACUAGUUGACUUACUCCCUAAGAGUUUUCAUCUCGAUUCGGAUAUUGUAAAUUGGUUUAUCUCUCAUCAUCUGACUGAGUAUAAGGAGCUAUUCGAUCCAACACAGACUACUGCUUGGUUGGAUAAAAUUGAUCAGCGAUACAACUGGUUAAGAACCAAUUUGGUCCCCUUAGAACGUUUAUUUAUUUCAGUGUUUCCUCCCUCUUGGCUGGUGACUGAAAGAUUUGUUUUGGAGUUUUGUCAUAUUACACGUGGUGGCUUAGAAACUGUUAUGAAACGACGUCAGUCGGAACUUACCCAUAAUCUAAUUGUUUUCGCAUUGCAACGCACCUUAUCCUUCGAGGCCAGUUUGAAUAAAGCAUAUACGUCUGAAGCGCUAGAAGAAUUACAAUCUUUGAUGGUUAGCGGUAAGAGUAUGGAGCGUUCAUCUAAUCCAUUUGAUGAUAAUGAGGAUGAGGAAGAUGGUUUGGAUGAUCCACAAUCUAAAAAUUCUGCAGAGGCUAAGGAUGAUUCAUCAACAAAUGAUUCUCAACACAAUUGGAAAAAGCAGAUUUUUGAUGGAAUUAUAUCUAGCUGUUUCGACCAAUUCUUUGAUCUCUAUUUGGUUCAUUUGGAUAAAGGUCUGAGAGAACAAAUGACAAAUCGUUUGAUUGGUGAUUUCACUGUUAAUAAAUCAAGUUUUGAAAACAGGGAUCUUGGAGAUGUAUUCAGAGAUGACAAUCCAUUUGACACUGCACAAAUCAAACCAAAUUCCAAUGACCCUGGCGAGAAUACUCUAUAUUCUGCUACAGAUUUAUUCUUGUUCUAUAAACAAAUCUUGAAACAAACUCUCCAGUUGAAUCGGGGUCAUGGUUUGUUAGGACUUGUUCGUCUUUUAAGGCAGUAUUUGUCUGAAUACACGGUUCGUGUGCUCUUGGCUCAAAUUCCAGGCUUAGCGAUUACCAAUACUAGUGGAACUAACGUUGGCUUAUCUGCACCGGAUGUUGCAGCGAAAAUGGCAGCAUUCGGUUUAAGCAGUCUCUCAGCUCUUGGACUUGGUCGUGGUCAAACGGGACUCGGUGCAGCUCUAGAAAAUAUUAGGACACAAACAAAAUCCAGUUCUGCGCAAUCUGAUCUGAUAAGUUCAUCAAGCAACCAGGUGAUUAACAGUUUACUUCGUGAUGAUGUACAAGGAGUUCGACUGAGUAAGGAUGAUGUCUACAAGGUGUGUGUCAUACUUGUUACAGCAGCAUUUUGUCUGAAGACUGUUGAAGAUUUAGAGAAGCGUCUAAAACAUGAAAUCAGACCACCUAGCUGGGGUUCAAAAAUAUCAUUUGCUUCUGAACUUGAUGGUUUAGCAACUUGUAGAUCUGUUUGUGUCCACCGCCUUGUUGCAGACUUGGAAGCUGGUGUUGAACCUCAGCUAGUCGCUAUGGCACGUUUACCUUGGAAUAAUCUUGUACAAGUUGGAGACCAAAGCGCCUACGUUACAGCCAUUGUAAAUCAUCUUCGCACUCAAAUCCCACUGAUACGAGAAACAUUGUACACCGUCAGGCCAGCUUUUACUCAAAUAUGUAUAAAAUUUGCUGAUGCAUUAAUUGCGAGAUUCGUUAAUGCCUUAUAUCGUUGCAAACCGGUCAAUACUUUUGGAGCUGAACAGCUUUUAUUGGAUACCCAAUCGUUAAAGGCUUCUCUUCUUCAAAUGCCUCUUCUUGGAGCUAAGUUUACUCAGACACCUCCACGAAGCUUUACAAAUCUAGUUCAUGAAGGUAUGGGGAAGGCAGAACGCAUAAUCAAAGCAGUUAUGUUACCAGUCGGUGUCGCUACGCCAGGAAAGCAAGAGUCAACAACUCCUCCAAGUGGAUUUGUAAUGGGUCCAGUUGAUACAAAUGCAGCUAAUGUAUUUUUAGCUAGUUACGAACAAUUAUUACCUGAUCUAACUCAAACUGAUCUACAAAAUGUUUUGGAUAUGAAAGGUGUGAAAUCCAGUGAACAACAGUUGAUUUUAGAAAUAUUUCGUAGUAGAAAUGAAUUUAAGUCAGCGAUGAAAGAAAAAACACCUGAAGUAACGUUAUUUUGUUCUGUUGCAGAUACUGCUAUCACUGCUAGCACUUUUGUUAGUAACGUAGCUUUGACAGGGAUAACGACAGUUACCACGACCACCACUGCUCUUACGAGUUCCUUUGUAGCUACACCGAACUCUCCAAAUAAUCAGCAUCAAAAAUCGAAGCAGUCUGUAUCGAUCUCAAUGAAUCCAUUCGAUUCAUCUUCAUCAGUAGAAGAGCGGGAGCAAAUAACAGAUAGGAAAGGAAAAAUAGAAAAGUUAUUGAAUAAAAGACGAUAA